UACAGGAUGGACAUAUGAUUGACUUUUGCAGCUUAUCCAAAACAACCAGGAAAGGAUGCAGCGCAUUUGGGAAGCCUCGGAGUACCUUGCCGUACUCCUGGCUCGAUACUCUCGUAUCGAGGCUCUUUAUCACCGAGUCCAAGUAUCCAAUGCGACCGAAUUAGGGGAUGCCAUCGUCAAUGUGUACAUAUGUGUACUACAAUAUUCUGCAAAAGUGAAGCAGGCAGUUACAUCGAAGAGAUUAGACCGGAUUAUCCAGAGUUUUAAAUCACUUACCCAGGAGCCGCUGAAGGACUUGCAAAGUGCCAUUCAGGGAAGCGACGAGAUGGUGGAAAAGUGGUUUCGGCAAAUAAUGGCUGAGCAGCAGCAAUUCAUGUUUGAAACCCAAGAAGAGGAGAUGAAGCGAGUCAAGGAGGUCCAGAAAAUUCUAGGAGAUGUUUCCAAGAGUACAUCAAUGAUCAUGAAGGGCAUUGCGAAGAUCGAUAAGACCCUUUCAGGGGAAAUUCAGACGCAGCUACUUGAAUGGCUGUUCCCCAGUGAUAUAGCUGCGGCCAGCGAUGGCAAGCACAAGAAGCUAAGGUCUGCCAUUGUAUCCAGCGAUGAGACUGAAGUAGCGGGGAGGUGGUUGCUUGAGCGUCAAGAAUACAAAACUUGGGUGGACACUCCACAAUCCUUGCUUUGGCUGUAUGGUGAAUGUAUGGAACAAUAUCCAGAAACAGAAUUCCAUACACUAACAGAAUAACUAGCUGGAUGUGGAAAAUCGUCCUUAUGUUCAACCAUCGUCAACCAACUUGAAACGCUGUUCAAGAAAGACAGAAACCGGGUACUAUUGCGGUGGUACUUUCGUUUCGAUGAGACAGACACGACGCGCAUCGACCUGUUAUUGCGGUUUGUCCUACGACAGUUGGGAAGUAGCCUUGGGGGCUUCCCAGAAGACAUUUCCAGUGCCUUGGUAGAAGACCGGAAGCUCGCACGCUAUCCUGACACCAAGACACUCAUCGAAUAUCUGCAUAGCAU